AAUCAUCAGAUAAAUCUGAUAAAAGACAGAAGUCAACUACUAAAGAGGAUGAAUCUUCUAUAGCAAAAAAAUUUAUUAAAGAAUUAAAAGAUAAUAGUGUUAAUAAAGAUUUAAUAUUCACUUCUCAGUUAUCUGAAGAUAGUUAUACUUAUCUUUACAAAGAAAUAAUUAAAGCUAAAGCCAAUAAUAAUAUUGCAAGUCAAAAGCUUUUAAACUGUUACUUUCAAUUUGGUAAAAAGUUAUCUGAUCGUUUGAAUUAUUAUAAAAAUGAAAAAAUAUCAAGAUCAUAA